GCCACCCGCUUGCCUGCGGGACACCGGAGUCAAGAGGCUGCCCACGCCGCUGCCUGUCCUUUCCACGGUUCCGAGGUGUCCACCGACUCCCCGCGCGCGGCAGGCGGCACCAAACUCUGCGCUCCUGGCGGUGCGCUCUGCCCGCGCAGUGCGCGUCCAGACGAAAUCCGCCCCGGGCUUUGGAAGUGCAGGGCUGGGGGCUGCAUGGAAGUUUCCCCAAGAUUUGAAGUUGAAGAUUUUUCAGGUCAUAAUAUGAAAAUGUUGCUAAUUUUGUUCCUCGUGAUAAUUUGUUCCCAUAUUUCUGUGAACCAAGAUUCUGGCCCUGAGUAUGCAGAUGUCGUGUUUUUGGUGGACAGCUCCGAUCGCCUGGGAUCCAAGUCCUUCCCAUUUGUGAAAAUGUUCAUCACCAAAAUGAUCAGCAGUCUCCCCAUAGAGGCCGACAAAUACCGUGUGGCCCUGGCCCAGUACAGUGAUAAACUUCACAGUGAAUUCCACCUGAGCACCUUCAAAGGCAGGAGCCCCAUGCUGAACCACCUCAGGAAGAACUUUGGAUUCACUGGCGGGUCCCUGCAGAUAGGAAAGGCUCUUCAGGAGGCUCACAGGACUUAUUUCUCUGCACCCGCAAAUGGGAGAGACAGGAAACAGUUUCCUCCAAUUUUAGUGGUCCUGGCUUCAUCUGAGUCUGAGGAUGAUGUGGAAGAGGCUUCAAAGGCCCUGCGGAAAGACGGAGUGAAAAUCAUCUCUGUAGGGGUGCAGAAAGCUUCUGAGGAAAACCUGAAGGCCAUGGCCACGUCUCAGUUUCAUUUCAACCUUCGGACAGUCAGAGACCUCAGCAUGUUUUCCCAAAACAUGACGCACAUCAUCAAGGAUGUAACAAAGUACAAGGAGGGAGCAGCUGAUGACAUCUUUGUAGAAGCUUGCCAAGGCCCUUCUAUGGCCGAUGUUGUGUUCCUAUUGGAUAUGUCAAUCAAUGGAAGUGAGGAGAACUUUGACUAUCUUAAAGGAUUCUUGGAAGAAAGUGUAUCUGCCCUUGACAUAAAGGAAAAUUGCAUGAGGGUUGGCCUUGUGGCCUAUAGCAAUGAGACAAAAGUGAUAAAUUCACUGAGCAUGGGCAUAAAUAAGUCAGAGGUUCUCCAGCAUAUACAGAACCUUUCUCCCCGAACUGGGAAGGCCUAUACUGGAGCUGCCAUCAAAAAGCUCAGGAAGGAAGUUUUUAGUGCACGGAAUGGCAGUCGGAAGAAUCAGGGGGUGCCCCAGAUUGUCGUGCUGGUGACCCACCGAGAUUCAGAAGACAACGUGACAAAAGCAGCUGUUAACCUCCGACGGGAGGGUGUGACCAUCUUCACCCUGGGCAUAGAGGGCGCCAGUGACACCCAGUUGGAAAAGAUAGCAUCCCACCCUGCUGAGCAGUAUGUCUCCAAACUGAAGACCUUCGCUGACCUGGCUGCUCACAACCAGACAUUUCUGAAGAAGCUACGGAACCAAAUAACACACACAGUCUCUGUCUUUUCAGAGAGGACCGAAACGCUCAAAUCUGGUUGUGUGGACACUGAGGAAGCAGACAUCUAUCUGCUGAUCGAUGGCUCAGGGAGCACCCAGGCCACAGAUUUCCAUGAAAUGAAGACCUUCCUGUCAGAGGUGGUAGGGAUGUUCAACAUUGCUCCCCAUAAGGUGCGGGUUGGGGCCGUUCAGUAUGCUGACAGCUGGGACUUGGAAUUUGAGAUCAAUAAAUACUCCAACAAGCAGGAUUUGGGAAAGGCCAUUGAGAAUAUCAGGCAGAUGGGUGGGAAUACAAACACAGGCGCAGCACUGAAUUUCACACUGAGUCUGUUGCGAAAAGCAAAGAAGCAGCGAGGAAACAAAGUUCCAUGCCACCUUGUUGUCCUGACAAAUGGCAUGUCCAAGGAUAGCAUCUUGGAGCCUGCAAACAGACUGAGAGAAGAGCACAUCCGAGUUUAUGCUAUCGGGAUCAAGGAGGCCAACCAAACACAGCUGAGAGAAAUUGCAGGAGAGGAAAAGAGAGUGUAUUACGUGCAUGACUUUGAUGCAUUGAAAGACAUAAGAAACCAAGUUGUUCAAGAAAUCUGUACUGAAGAAGCUUGCAAAGAGAUGAAAGCUGACAUCAUGUUUCUGGUGGACAGUUCUGGAAGUAUAGGACCUGAAAACUUCAGCAAAAUGAAAACAUUUAUGAAAAACCUGGUGAGCAAGUCUCAGAUUGGACCAGAUCGGGUGCAAAUUGGUGUAGUCCAGUUCAGCGACAUCAAUAAGGAAGAGUUUCAGCUCAACAGAUUCAUGUCCCAAAGCGACAUUUCAAAUGCAAUAGACCAAAUGGCUCACAUUGGACAAACCACCCUGACUGGUAGUGCCCUGAGCUUUGUGUCUCAGUACUUCAGCCCCACCAAGGGCGCCCGGCCCAACAUCAGAAAGUUUCUCAUCCUCAUCACGGAUGGUGAAGCUCAGGACAUAGUAAAGGAACCAGCAGUAGUGCUUCGGCAAGAAGGUGUAAUCAUCUAUUCUGUGGGAGUGUUUGGCUCCAAUGUCACCCAGCUUGAGGAGAUCAGUGGGAGGCCCGAGAUGGUUUUUUAUGUUGAGAAUUUUGACAUUCUGCAGAGCAUUGAAGAUGAUCUUGUUUUUGGAAUAUGCAGCCCCCGUGAAGAAUGCAAGCGGAUUGAAGUUUUAGAUGUUGUGUUUGUCAUUGAUAGCUCUGGCAGCAUUGACUAUGAUGAGUAUAAUAUCAUGAAGGAUUUCAUGAUUGGCUUAGUGAAAAAAGCUGAUGUGGGCAAGAAUCAGGUCCGGUUUGGGGCUCUGAAGUAUGCUGAUGACCCAGAGGUGCUGUUUUAUCUGGAUGACUUUGGCACAAAACUGGAGGUAAUUUCAGUGCUCCAAAAUGACCAAGCCAUGGGUGGCAGUACUUACACUGCUGAGGCACUGGGCUUCUCAGACCACAUGUUCACUGAAGCCCGGGGCAGCCGCCUGAACAAGGGGGUCCCCCAAGUCCUCAUUGUGAUCACCGAUGGGGAAUCCCAUGAUGCUGAUAAACUCAAUGCCACGGCAAAGGCCUUGCGGGACAAAGGCAUUCUUGUCCUGGCUGUGGGGAUUGAUGGUGCCAAUCCCGUGGAGCUGUUAGCCAUGGCAGGAUCAAGCGACAAGUACUUCUUCGUGGAGACUUUUGGAGGUCUGAAGGGAAUAUUUUCAGAUGUGACAGCCAGUGUCUGCAACUCUUCAAAAGUCGAUUGUGAAAUUGACAAAGUAGAUCUUGUUUUCCUUAUGGAUGGUUCAACUAGCAUUCAGCCAAAUGACUUCAAGAAAAUGAAGGAAUUUCUGGCAUCUGUUGUUCAAGACUUUGAUGUCAGCCUCAACAGAGUGCGAAUAGGAGCGGCCCAGUUUAGCGAUACCUAUCACCCGGAGUUUCCACUGGGAACUUUCAUAGGUGAAAAAGAGAUAUCAUUUCAGAUUGAAAACAUCAAGCAGAUCUUUGGAAACACACACAUCGGUGCUGCACUCAGGGAGGUGGAACAUUACUUCAGGCCAGACAUGGGCAGCAGGAUAAAUACAGGUACCCCACAGGUGCUGCUGGUCCUUACAGAUGGCCAGUCCCAAGACGAGGUGGCCGAGGCCGCGGAAGCCCUGAGACACAGAGGUAUCGACAUCUACUCCGUGGGCAUUGGGGAUGUGGAUGACCAGCAGCUCAUUCAGAUCACCGGGACUGCAGAGAAAAAACUGACAGUGCACAACUUCGAUGAACUGAAGAAGGUCAAUAAAAGGAUUGUUCGCAACAUCUGUACCACAGGGGGUGAAAGCAACUGUUUCGUGGAUGUUGUGGUGGGAUUUGAUGUCUCAACUCAGGAGAAAGGGCAGACUUUGCUUGAAGGUCAGCCUUGGAUGGAAACCUACCUUCAAGACAUCUUACGUGCCAUCAGCUCCCUCAAUGGAGUAAGCUGUGAGGUGGGCACAGAGACUCAGGUCAGUGUGGCUUUUCAAGUGACCAAUGCCAUGGAAAAAUAUUCUCCCAAGUUUGAGAUCUACAGUGAAAACAUACUGAAUAGCUUGAAGGAUAUAACAGUUAAAGGACCAUCUCUUCUCAAUGCAAACCUCUUGGAUUCUCUAUGGGAUACAUUUCAGAAUAAAUCAGCUGCUCGAGGAAAGGUGGUCCUUUUAUUUUCAGAUGGAUUGGAUGAUGAUGUUGAGAAACUUGAACAAAAAUCUGAUGAACUUAGAAAAGAAGGCCUGAAUGCCCUCAUAACUGUUGCUCUGGAUGGACCUGCUGAUUCAAGUGACUUGGCUGAUCUUCCCUAUAUUGAAUUUGGGAAAGGAUUUGAGUACAGGACACAGCUCUCUAUUGGCAUGAGAGAACUUGGAAGCCGGCUGUCAAAGCAGCUGGUCAAUGUUGCUGAAAGGACAUGCUGCUGUUUGUUCUGCAGGUGCAUUGGAGGAGAUGGCACAAUGGGAGAUCCUGGACCACCAGGGAAAAGGGGACCUCCAGGUUUUAAAGGCAGUGAAGGCUACCUGGGAGAGGAGGGAAUCGCUGGAGAAAGAGGAGCCCCUGGACCAGUGGGAGAGCAAGGUACUAAGGGAUGCUAUGGCACCAAAGGUCCUAAGGGAAACAGAGGACUAAAUGGACAGGAGGGAGAAGCUGGGGAAAAUGGAAUUGACGGAUUAAACGGAGAACAGGGUGAUAAUGGUCUUCCUGGAAGAAAAGGAGAAAAGGGUGAUGAGGGAUCUCAGGGAAGCCCAGGGAAGAGAGGGACUCCUGGUGACCGUGGAGCAAAGGGCCUGCGAGGGGAUCCCGGAGCUCCUGGAGUUGAUAAUAGCAUAGAAGGACCCACAGGCUUGAAAGGAGAACGUGGAAGACAAGGUAGAAGAGGCUGGCCAGGCCCCCCCGGGACACCAGGCUCCAGAAGAAAGACAGCAGCUCAUGGCAGAAGGGGACAUACAGGCCCACAGGGAACAGCAGGCAUCCCAGGACCAGAUGGACUUGAAGGCUCCCUGGGACUUAAGGGCCCUCAGGGCCCAAGAGGAGAGGCUGGUGUGAAAGGAGAAAAAGGAGGUGUGGGAAGUAAAGGUCCCCAGGGGCCUCCAGGACCCGGAGGAGAGGCAGGGAAUCAAGGCCGUUUGGGAAGCCAAGGAAAUAAAGGAGAACCUGGAGAUCUGGGAGAAAAAGGAGCCGUUGGCUUUCCUGGUCCUCGUGGCUUGCAGGGCAAUGAUGGCAGUCCAGGUUAUGGUAGUGUCGGACGCAAGGGAGCAAAGGGACAAGAAGGAUUCCCUGGAGAAAGUGGACCUAAGGGUGCGAUUGGGGACCCUGGUGGUCCAGGAGAGACUGGGCUGAAGGGAGCUAGAGGCAAAAUGAUAUCUGCUGGGCUUCCAGGAGAGAUGGGAUCCCCUGGGGAACCAGGACCUCCUGGACGUAAGGGUGUGAAAGGAGCCAAAGGCUUGGCUUCAUUUUCUACAUGCGAGCUCAUUCAGUAUGUGCGAGACCGCAGUCCUGGCAGGCAUGGAAAACCGGAAUGCCCAGUGCACCCAACCGAGUUGGUGUUUGCCCUGGACCACUCCCGGGAUGUCACUGAGCAGGAAUUUGAGCGGAUGAAGGAGAUGAUGGCUUUCCUGGUGAGAGACAUUAAGGUCCAGGAGAACAGCUGCCCCGUGGGAGCGCGCAUCGCCAUCCUCUCCUAUAACUCCCACGCCAGGCACCUUGUGCGCUUCUCAGACGCCUACAAGAAGAGUCAACUUCUCAGAGAAAUUGAAGCUAUUCCUUAUGAGAGAUCCUCUGCCAGCAGGGAGAUUGGUAGAGCAAUGCGGUUUAUUUCCAGGAAUGUCUUCAAGCGGACGCUUCCGGGGGCGCACACGAGAAAAAUCGCCACAUUUUUCAGCAGCGGUCAGUCCGCGGAUGCCCACUCCAUCACCACGGCCGCCAUGGAGUUCGGCGCGCUUGAAAUCAUUCCCGUGGUGAUCACUUUCAGCAACGUGCCCUCGGUCAGGCGCGCAUUUGCGAUUGACGACACUGGCACAUUUCAAGUAAUAGUGGUUCCCUCCGGGGCCGACUACAUACCAGCAUUAGAGAGACUCCAGCGGUGCACUUUCUGCUAUGAUGUAUGCAAGCCAGAUGCUUCUUGUGACCAAGCCAGACCACCCCCUGUGCAGUCUUACAUGGAUGCUGCUUUCCUUCUGGAUGGCUCCCGGAACAUCGGAAGUGCUGAAUUUGAAGACAUAAGAGCCUUCCUUGGAGCACUAUUAGAUCACUUUGAAAUCACCCCAGAGCCGGAGACUUCUGUCACUGGAGACCGGGUGGCCCUAUUGAGCCAUGCUCCCCCCGACUUCCUACCCAACACUCAGAAGAGUCCAGUUAGAGCUGAGUUCAAUCUUACCACCUACAGAAGUAAGCGCCUCAUGAAGAGGCAUGUGCACGAGUCAGUUAAACAACUAAAUGGAGAUGCUUUUAUUGGUCAUGCCUUACAGUGGACUCUGGACAAUGUAUUUUUAAGUACACCCAAUCUGAGAAGAAACAAAGUCAUAUUUGUGAUAUCUGCUGGGGAAACCAGCCACUUAGAUGGGGAAAUCUUAAAGAAGGAAUCCUUGCGAGCCAAAUGUCAGGGAUAUGCCCUAUUUGUGUUUUCCCUUGGCCCUAAUUGGGAUGACAAGGAACUGGAGGAUCUCGCCAGCCACCCUUUGGAUCACCACCUGGUCCAGCUUGGCCGAAUUCAUAAACCUGACCACAGUUAUGGUGUGAAGUUUGUGAAGUCCUUUAUAAACUCAAUCAGGCGUGCAAUCAACAAAUAUCCACCAAUAAACUUAAAAAUAAAGUGCAACAGACUUAACUCUAUAGAUCCAAAGCAGCCCCCACGACCGUUCCGAAGCUUUGUUCCUGGACCACUUAAAGCUACCCUCAAAGAAGAUGUAUUACAGAAGGCAAAAUUCUUUCAAGAUAAAAAAUAUCUUUCAAGAGUAGCAAGAAGUGGCAGAGAUGAUGCUAUUCAAAAUUUUAUGAGAAGCACCUCCCAUACCUUUAAGAAUGGAAGGAUGAUAGAAAGUGCUCCCAAACGACAUGAUUAAAAAAAUGCUUGAACAACUUAGCCUUAGGAAGCAUGGUAAGACUCUGGACUUAAAUAGUAACUAAAUCUGCUGCCAGAACUCAAGCAACAGUUUGUAGGUUAUCAGGUGACUUGACCCCCUGCAUUCAUUGGUAUUAAGAUAUAUCUUGUUCAUUUAUUUGACCACUCCUGACAAUUCCAGCACUCUACGACUGAUAUGUCGAAGAACUGUUUCAUUAGAAGACAGAAGAAUGAAAGAAGUGUUUUGAAAAGUCUAAUGGAGAUAUAAUUUGAAGGUAAAAUUUAUAUGAUGUAUGCAUAUGUGUACAUGGGUCAAUGUUAAUUCCUUUAUCUCUGUCCAGUUCAUUUUCUGCAAACCCAUCCUCCUUUCCUAAUUUAGUAAUGUCUAAUGCUCAUCUAUUUAAUCAAAGUUAUUUUUUAACGUUUUAAGCUACUCCAAAAUUUACCCUAGAAAUGGAUGCUGUUUAUACAUCGUAUUUUUUUUUUUAAAUGUGACCUUCUAUUCCACUUAAACACACCACUGUGGGAGUUGUUUGCUUGGACUGAUGAGAAGAGGGUCAUUUUCUCCAUCUCUAAAUCCUCCUGAACUCACUGAAAAACUCAUUAAUUCCCGCAGAACAUAAAUUAUUGCUUUUGAGCUGGACGUUUUCUCUUCAUUAGGAAGCUUACUGCCAUUUUGAUGGAGUUUGAAGCCCCCAUUUUGAUGGACUUCUAGUCUGUCUUUCCUGUUAUGGUCAUUUAUUAAUUUUCACUAAUCCAUAUAUUCUUUAGACAAGGAGAGUCAAGAAACAGCUUGUCAUAGAUGAAGCUCUGAGUUACUUUUACCCAUCAGGUAGCUGUUUAGUCAAUAAUAAACAGCACCAAAACAGGAUUGGCAGAGCUCUUAAAAACAGCCUUAAAUACACACUGAGUUUAGAAAAAUGUAAGAAAAUCAUUGUUUUAAUCUACAAAUUCAUAUGCAGUUGCAGAGAUGCAAAAGAGAUCAGAGUAAGUUAAAGUAGGAAAGGUUUUAUAGAAGUAUUGAUGGCUGUGUCCUCAUCUGCAUUUUUGUUUUUAUGAUAGGGCUGAUAUUUUCAACAACGAAACACCCAAUGUUCAGACCUUACCUCAGUCUAAGAGCUGGCUCCACAGUUGGUAGCAAUGGCCCUGUUAGGCAGACUGUCCCCCUCUUUGGGAAUGGAAAGAAGCCCUGCCUGGAUGCAUGGAGCUUCCAUGCAUGGAAUACUGACACCAAGGACAUUCAGAUUUUCUUUCCUAUACCUAUUUUCAUAAAAUUUGGAAAGAAAAACUAUCUGCAGUAUUUUUUUAAAACUUCUGCUAUUCUUACUUAGAGAAAUCCAGAGAUAGCACCUCAUGUCUUCAGAGGAGCAAGAAGUUCAAGGAGUUAAAUGUCACAUUCAUACUCAGGUAAUAGAGAAGAAUAAAACACAUCAGGUUUGCUUCAUCUAUCCUAAGUGGUGCUUAGGGGUUCAGAAAAAAUGUUUCAAGUACAAAAAAAUGUUUCAAGUACAGGAAAUUAAUGAGCAAUAUUUACUAUGUAUGUUAAUAAAAGGGAUUUUUCUAGUUAACUCUGAGUUAAGCACGAACUCCUUUCUUUUGUUAAUUGUUGGAAAUACCAUUAAGAUGUAUUUGUCUGUUUUUCCGCAUUGGCAAGUAAAGAACAUCAAACAAAUAUUCCCUUGGUGACAGAUUAUUUUUAGUAUUUUGGGCCAUCUUUUGAAUCACUAAUAGGUGAGAGCUCUAAAAGUUCCUUUUUAAAAAUCCCUAAUAUUAGUAUUUUCCCUGAUUUAC